CAACUGGUUAUAUCACCACGUCAUAAGUGUGUCAGUAUAUAAAAAAGUGAGCUGCAUCUGUACGAGUUCAGUCUGGGAGCACCAGCUGAGCAAUGCACGGAGCAGACUUGUAGCCAACUUACAUCACCUUCACCAUGAAAACAGCUACAGUGCCCAUGCUUCUGACCCUGGCUCUUUGCCUCAUCCAAGAUGCUGCCAGUGAGGAUGAAAAUCAGGAAACAUGCAAUAAGUUUCGAGUACUGAUGAAAAAUGGGAAGUUGUUCUGUCCCCAAGAUGAAAAACUUUUUCAAAGCCCUGACUGGAUAACAUUCAUCAACAAAUGUGCCACGUGCAAAAUGAUCUUGGAAAAAGAAGUGGUGUCUCAGAGAAAGGCCAGGCAUUUAACAAGAGCCACAGCCCCAGCAGAGCUGAAUUGUGAUGAAUUCAGGAAAGGAGGAGAUGGGGGUUUUAUCUGCACUGACGGUGAUACAGCUGUUUGUGGCACAGAUGGGAAGACAUAUAGCAACAGAUGUGAGCUGUGUGCCAAAAAUGCGAAAACCAGAUCCCAAGUUGGCAUAAGGAAUGAAGGGGAAUGUGAGAACAGUAAUCCGAAGCAGGAUGUUUGCAGUGAUUUUCGGGCAUAUGUGAAGGAUGGACGACUUGGAUGCACAAGGGAAAAUGAUCCAGUUCUGGGUCCUGAUGGGAGGACACAUGGCAAUAAGUGUGCCAUGUGUGCGGAGCUCUUUUUAAAGGAAGCUGAAGAAAAUGCCAAGCGAGAAGGUGAAGCCAGAAUUCAACGAGAAGCAGAAAAGGAUCUUUGCAAGGAAUAUGAGAAACUUGUGAGGAAUGGAAGACUUUUCUGCACACGAGAGAGUGACCCAGUCCGUGGCCCUGACGGCAGGAUGCAUGGCAACAAAUGUGCUCUGUGCGCUGAAAUUUUCAUGUGGCAAUUUGCAGAAGAAAAAAACAAGACAGACAAAAAUCGGAGAGAAGCUGAAGAAAAUGUUAAAGCUAAAAAAGAAAUAGAGAAACUCUGCAGUGAAUUUCAAGAUCGUGCAAAGAAAGGGAUACUUUUCUGCACGAGAGAAAAUGAUCCUGUUCGUGGCCCUGAUGGAAAAAUGCAUGGCAACUUGUGUUCCAUGUGCCUAGCCUUCUUUCAAGCAGAAGCUAAAGAAAAGAAAAGGGUUGGAGCACAAGCAAGAAGUAAAAGAGAAUCUGGAAAAGCACCCUCCUAUGCCGAGCUUUGCAGUGAAUACCGAAGCUUGGUGAGGAAUGGAAAGCUGCCUUGCACCAGAGAAAACGACCCCAUCCAGGGCCCGGAUGGGAAAAUGCAUGGCAACACCUGCUCCAUGUGCGAGGCCUUCUUCCAAGCAGAAGAAAAGAAAAAGAAGGAAAGUGAAUCAAGAAAUAAAAGACAAUCUGAGAAUACAACUUUUGUGGAAUUGUGUAAUGAAUACCGCAAGUCCUGGACGAAUGGUCAGCUUCUUUGCACCCGAGAGAAUGACCCCAUCCAGGGCGCGGAUGGGAAGAUCCACGGCAAUACCUGCUCCAUGUGUGAGGCCUUCUUCAAACAACAAGAAAGUGCAAGAGCAAAGGCCAAAAGAGAAGCUGCAAAGGAACUCUGCAGUGAAUUCCGAGACCAAGUGAAGAACGGGAUGCUCAUAUGCACCAGGGAGAGUGAUCCUGUCCGUGGCCCAGAUGGCAAAAUGCAUGGAAACAAGUGUGCCAUGUGUGCCAGUGUGUUCAAACUGGAAGAAGAGGAGAAGAAAAAAGCAAACAAAGAAGGAAAGGAAAAGGUUGAAGCUGAAAAAGUUAAGAGAGAAGCAGUCCAGGAGCUGUGCAGUGAAUACCGGAACUACGUGAGAAAUGGACGUCUGCCCUGCACCCGAGAGAACGACCCUAUUGAGGGCCUGGAUGGCAAGAUCCACGGCAACAUCUGCUCCAUGUGUGAGGCCUUCUUCCAGCAAGAAGCCAAAGAAAAAGAAGCCAAAGCCAGAGCAAAAGCUAAAAGAGAAGCCAGCAAGGACGCAUGCAAUGAAUUUCGGAGCCUCUUACAAAAUGGAAAGCUUUUCUGCACGAGAGAAAAUGAUCCCGUGCGUGGUCCUGAUGGAAAGACCCAUGGCAACAAGUGUGCCAUGUGUAAGGCCGUCUUCCAGAAAGAAGAUGAAGAAAGAAAGAAAAAAGAAGAGGAGAGCCAGAGAAACUCUGCAGGACGCAAUUCUAGUGGUGGUGGAGGAGGGAAAGAAGAGGAUCCUUGUGCUGAAUAUCGGGAAAGUAUGAAAAAUGGACAACUCAGUUGUACUCGAGAGAGCGAUCCUGUGCGUGAUGUUGACGGCAAAUCGUACAACAACAAGUGCACCAUGUGUAGAGAAAAGCUGCAAAGAGAAGCAGAGGAAAAAAACAAGGAUUCUUACUUCAGAUCAAAUGGGACUGGCUCAGGACUGGAAAAGGAUGUAUGCGAUGAGUACAGAAGCCAAAUGAAAAAUGGGCAGCUUAUCUGCACACGAGAAAGUGAUCCUGUGAGGGGCCCAGACGGCAAGACCCAUGGCAAUAAGUGUGCUAUGUGUAAGGAAAGACUGGAAAAAGAAGCAACUGAAAGAAGAAAGAAAGAGGAGGAGGACAAGAGAAGUGCCGCAGAAAAGCCCAAUGACGAGCAUGAUCAGUGUUACGAAUUCCGGAGCCAGCAGAGAGACUUGGGAAAACUUGUCUGCACCAGAGAAAACAGCCCCGUUCGAGGCCCCGAUGGCAAGAUGCAUGUCAACAAAUGUGCCAUGUGUCAGAGCAUAUUUGAGCGAGAAGCUAGUGAAAGAAAAAAAGAUGAAGACAAACCAACUGCCAAGCCGUCGAGUGAUGCAAAGGACCCGUGCAGAGAGGUUCCAAAUGAAGUGGAGGAAGCAAAAUUUAGACAGUUGGGGAGUUCCGCAGCCUCCAGUGACAGGAUAAGUGCAGAUGAAUGCAUUGAGUUCCGAAACUAUGUGAGGAACAAUGAACUUCCCUGCCCACGAGUGAAUGACCCUGUGCGUGACGCUGAUGGAAAAUUCUAUAAAAACAAGUGCUACAAGUGCAGAGCUAUCUUUCAGAGAGAAGCUUUGGAGAAUGCAAAAGCUCAAGAAAAGCCAUCCCAUGAUCAGUCUUCCAAGGAGGAAAACAGCACAGAUUCUCUGAAUGCCGAGAUGUGCAAACAUUACAGACUGUUGCCCAGGAUAGGUUAUCUUUGCCCAAAGGAUUUACAGCCUGUUUGUGGGGAUGAUGACCAGACAUACAAUAACCCCUGCAUGCUUUGCCAUGAAAACCUGAUACGCCAAACUUAUACACGCAUACGCCAUAAAGGGAGGUGUGAAGAGGACAGCAGCCCAGAAGCCACGCCUGCUAGUAGGCCGAUAGAUGACAAAUGACGCGAGGAUUGAGGAAAACCACAUGGGGAGAAGUCUGCCCGGGUUCUGCAUCACCUCCCUCCACCAUGUGUUUAUACAGAAGCCUGUCUUAAUCACCGUAGGAAGCA